AUGUCGCCUCCCUGUAUGGUCCUGGUUCUCUACCUGAUGGGAUUUUUCUCAGGAGAACUUCAGGUCUUCAGCUUCUCAUUGACCAAAGAGGUGCCAUUUGAUAUGUCUACAACCUCUUUCGAUGACCAAUACAAAGACUGCGUGGAUAGAACGGAGGAUCGGCUGAGGGAGCUCCACCACACCGAAAUUGCCAACACCAGCUAUGCCAAGGUCUGGGAAAAUGUGGCCGCCAAAUGGAAUGAGAUUAAUUCCUCCACCUCGGUGCCAAAAGGCCUCAAGCCAGACUAUGCUAUCGCAGCCUUGGCCUACACACAGAAAGAGACCUUCUUGUACCGAGAUUUAAACAGAGCUGUAAGGAAAGCAGGGGAGAGUGAAGACUAUUACCUCAAGAAUUUCCACUUCAAGGCCUUCCACUUUUUCUUGACAAGAGCCCUCCAAGUCCUACGGACCACCUCAAACCCCAAGUGCCGUGAAACGUAUCGCGGGAUCAAAGGCGUCAGAUUCAUCGCGGAGCCCUCCAAGAAGGCCCGAUUUGGAUACUUUGCUUCCUCGUCACUGAACAAGAGUGCGGCCGUGCAUUUCGGGAGGGACACCUUCUUCACCAUUAGGACCUGCUAUGGGACCUACAUCAAGGAGUUCUCCUUCUACCCAGAAGAAGAGGAAGUUCUGAUCCCGCCCUAUGAAUUGUUCCAGGUUGCAAAUAUCAUUAACAAGUCAGAUGGAAUUGAAAUCAGUCUCAACUCUGUUGGUAUAUUCAGCAAGUACAACUGUGUGUAUGUCAAAGGUAAGCAGACGAGCGCCCUGACCCCCAAGUUUGGAGAACAGCAGAGCUCACAGUCCCACAAUAGCUAG